AUUCAGGCUGUAACACAACAUAAUGUGUGAUAAGUCAAGGGGUUUGAGUACUUUAUGAAAACACCCUCAAAUAAAGGGGAAAUUCUGUACUGUCGCCUUAUAUAAAACAUUCUAUCUUAAAUCUAAAAUACUGGAGUAUAGAGCCAUACAUAUUUUUUGGGCUUCACUGUCCAAAUGCAUAUGGAGGGGAGUGUAUGACCGAUAAAUGAUUCUGAUUGUUCAGAUACCCUUACCCCUGCAACAUUAGCUCACACUUGCUGUAUGAGACUGUUGUUUAGGUUUCUGCACUCUGUGGUUUUGCUGUGCACAAGCUCCACAUUUACGUCUCUAUUCAAACAAUCCUCUGACUCAGUCACACACCUUACUGUGAAGUCAGACUAACAGUAUGUAGCUGACUGACAAAUGGCAUUGUUCAUCCCUGAUAUGGCUGGUCAUCUGUUCUUGGUCAUCCUCCUUUUUGGUGAGUUAUUUCUACAUUUCUACAGUUUCAUCAUCUGUUUGUGCUACAGGAUAUUCCUCUUCUUCUCUCCACUCUUUUUGUCUUUUAAUUGAGGAACUCUUGAUAUUUCUGAAUCUCAUGGCUAUGAUGAGUGUCUUGUAUCUUAUUCCAUUAAUCAUCUUAUUUAUUUCUCUCUAUCAUUAUUUUACAAUUUGUUGAGUUAAGAAUGACCACUGCUUGAUCCCCAUUAAUGCAUUACAGUAGAUUACGCUACUUUACCAACUUGUGUGAAGUGUUCAGGUGUCUCCUGUUAAAACAUACUUUUUGAAUGGCAGAUGAUGAUAAUCUAUUUUAUAAUUUCUAGAUACGUUCCAAUCCAUGAAAGCCCAAGGUCAGUAUCAUUAUUAUGAGUUUUUAGUUACCCAGUAAAAAUAUUAUAAUAAUCAUGGUAUGAGAUGUUUUUUCACAGUAGAGACUCACUAUCCAUCGAUGCACAGUCAUCCUGCGCCUAUCACUAUUCUUGGUAAAAUGCAGAAACCAGACAUUAGUGUCAAUGACGAAUCAUCUCAUGACAUCACUAUUGCCUGUGUACUUCCUGAGUCUGUCAGUGAUGGUCAUAGCUGUAACUUGUACACUGGAGACCAGCCUCAGGCCUACAAAGAGGCUUGGGUGAGGAGAUUUAACGCAGCAUCAUCCAAACUAUUCUGUACCUUCAGUGUUACUAAGAAUGAUCUGUUCAGGCAUCUGCAGUUGGAGAGAGAUGUGAGCUGUGACUAUAGAGUGAACACAGGGUCACACUCUCUGUCUCCCCGCAGUAAUAAAUACAUAAUUACAGGUCAGAAACCAAAUAUUACAGUCAGUCUGAAAGGGAACCUCAUCAUCACCUGUUUAAUUCCUGGCUCUGUCAGUAAUGACACCACCUGUAACCUGUAUGUUGGAGAGAAGAGUAAGUGUCUUUUUAGAGCACUAAUCAGGAAGAAGAAACACAAAGAUUCCGAAUGCUGGUUCUGUCAAUUCUCUGCGGCUGAGAGUGAUCUGAUCAGUUGUCUACAGUCAGUGAGGCGUAAGGAGGUGAGCUGUGACUACAGAGUGAGCUCAGGACCAACCUCUCUCUCUCCACGCAGUGAUUGGAACAGCUUUACAUUGGGUUUGACUCCAGGUCCUAGAUCUACUUUGCCUCCCAGCACGACAGUGAGUCCUAUAGAAGUUUUGACUGUUACUUCUACUUUGACCCCAGACACCACAGUGAGACCAACUACCAGUUUGACCUCUCCUUUGACCCCCAGCACAGCAGUGAAUCCUACAUCAGGUUUGACCUCUCAUUUGGCCCCCAGCACAGCAGUGAAUCCUACAUCAGAUUUGACUGUUAGUCCUACUUUGACAACUGACACACCAACGAGUCCAACUGAAAGAGGUCAAAGCUCCACAGACAGCAUUGUGAAUUCAAACAGUCAAAAAAGAGUUUGGGCGGUGGAACUAUGGCAGACAGCAGUGUGUAUGGCUUCUGGAGUGGGCAUGUUCUUAAUGGGAUUGACAGCUGUCUGUCUCUGCAGGAGGACCAAGAAAACCAAUUCUCUGAGACCUACAGCCAGACAGGAUGAUCACAGACAAUGUGAUUUGGUGAUGGGAGCUAUGAGCAGUGCAGGCAUGUUGGAUUCAAGGGAUGCUGGGAUCUAUUCUCUCAUCACCUCUGUACCGUCCACGUUUUUGCACUCAGGUCCUGUGCAGCAAUCUGCAAAUGAAGAUGCUGAUUCAGAGAAUGCAGGGGUCUACAGCCUGAUCACUUCUGUACCAUCCACAUCUGUACCAUUAGGUCCUUUUGAAGAAAAUGGAAAGUCAUCUGAAAACGACAAAUCUGAUACGUACCAUGUAUACAGCUCGAUCCCCGACAGACCAGCAACCUCAGCCCAGCCUGAUGGGUUUUACAGUCUUCUGCAGACACACUGAAACUACACCACUGGCUCUCUGUAUGUCUCACAGAAAUACUGUUUCUUUCAGGAUGUCCUUUAUUUAUCGCACAUCAUGUUACUGUAAAUAAGUAUCUAAAACAUCUACUACAGUACCGUUUCUAUUUAUAAGUGACAUACAGUAAGCAGCCGCUAGAGGCCCCUCCCCCCUCCAAAAACAACCGUAGGAUAGUAGAAUACACAACGUGCAGUUUCGAAAUGUGGUUCUUCGUCAGUCACUGACAGUUACUCAAUAAAUCCCAUGACAGCUAAGAUUUUAUAGAUUGCUAGGCCCAGUUAGUCUCGCCAGCUAUCUAAGCCUUGUGGUAAUGGCCGAAUUACUGCCCAGGGGCCCUGACCUCCAGGGGGCCCCCAAUAAUUCUGUUAGUCACUCUCACUCAGAUAUCCAAUGAACAUGGCAUAAGUCAUGGCAAAUGUUUAGAAUUGCAGUAAAUUAGCUUUAAAACUGAAUGUUAUUAUUUCAACGACAAUGGCAUACUGUGUUGAAUUUUAGGACAUGAAGUUCUCUCCGCCCCGUGGCAUAAUGAGUAAAAUUGCAGAACAUUAACUUUAAAGCUCCAAAUGUUUCUCUUCGCCGCCAUGAGCGGGGCCACUAAAAUGUUUUGUCGGUGAGGUGGGCAAAUCUCGCUUAGGGCCCUCAAAAUGCUUGGAACUGCCGUAAUUUACUGUAUCACACAUUGAAACCUGGAUUGUGUUACAUGCCUAUCCAUAAUAUCUGUUAAUAUGUUAGUAUUUUUAUUUGGGGAUUUUGGAGGUGUCCGGGGCAUACUCCCCUUUAAAUAUUUUUAAGUAAAUGCCCAAAUAAAUAUACACUAUUUAUAUAUAUUCUGUCAUCUGUGUGAUACCUCCUUCCAUAACGGUUUGAUAAAAUUGACUAAAUAAAAUAUAUUUGUGAUCAAAAUCGAUAGAUACAGACAAUUAAAAAUAAAUAAAUAUAUAACAUAUUCACACAAUGCAAAAAACAGGUAAAUAGGAAAUUAAGAUAAAUUCAUCGAAAUUAAGUCAUUAAGAUCCAGUGGUAUUGAUAAGACAUUUUUCUUGGUGAAAUUCAUCUUGUGUUUAAAAAAACUGUGGAAAAAAGUCUAAUGUUAAUUUAACAAUUUUUGCGGCAAAAGUUAUCAACCCCAAAAGCCCAAUCUUAUAGCAAAAGUAUUGAUAUUGAUAUUUCCCACAUACUUUGUUACAAGCUACAAAAUAUAACAUUUUGGUUUUAAAAAUGUUUACAUUGUUGGCAAAACUGAAAAAUAUAGAUGACCUAAAUGCUAAAUUUCUCCAUGUUUACUUGUUAUUUUCCAAGUUCCCAGUUUAAUUUAAAUUUACUCAGCACAUCAGUCGCUCCUACAAUGUGCAGUGUUGUAGACACAUUCUAGCCUUGAAGUCCAAUGACUGCGGAGUGGUUAAGAUGUAAAUGGUGUGAGAACACAACUUCAUUACAUUGUUUUCCAGUUACAAUGAGCUUAUAUCCUGUUUCGAUGCACACUUGAGCCCAGCGGUCAGGGUGGUCGAUUAUGCUAUGGGGGAUGGCUUUGUUUGUUGAAAAGGGGUGGCUCCCCCCUCACCUCCCAUAUACAUUGUACACACUGUGCAUAGAUCUUUCUAUUGUGUUAUUGACUGUACGUUUGUUUAUGUGUAACUCUGUGUUGUAGUUUUUGUCGCACUGCUUUGCUUUAUCUUGGCCAGGUCGCAGUUGUAAAUGAGAACUUGUUCUCAACUGGCCUACCUGGUUAAAUAAAGGUGAAAUAAAAAAAUUAAAUAAAAAAAUUCCUCUUCAAUGACACCUUUAAGUUAGUAAAUACAAAUCCUAUGUUUUUUGCUCCAUUUGAAAUGGUCUCUUCUGUAAAGCAAAAAAAGUAAGAAGAAUAAAUUGAAUAC